AUGUUCCCGCCUCACACCGGCCCGGACGCCAGCUCCAGCCACCGCCUUACCAUCACCGCAGAUGAAUUUUGGACCGCCGUCACUGUGCAGGUUCUGGGGAAAGACUUCCAGCAGCGCUACUUCCUGUCCGCCGGCAAAUCCAAAACGGUUCAGCUGCCGUUAUCUGUGGAAAUGGUGGCUUCUCGAUCCCCCCACCUCCUCAGCGUUACAUCCGUGUGGCCUGUCACUGUUCUGGUGGCCUACUGCACCCCUCAGGGCUGCCAGCACAGCCUCCUCCACGAGGUGUCCUCCUGGGGCUCCCAUUAUUAUCCCGUGACUCCAGAUUUGCACAACCUGGCUCUCAGCCAGAUGGUUAUCACCAGUUCAGACCGGGAAACCUCAGUGGACCUCUUGCUGCCUGCAGAUGUGCUCUUUGGAGAUGAGCUGCAUUCCAAGGGAAGUGUCUUGAGGUUGAGUUUGGGGAGGAUGCAGAGCAUCUACCUGCAGAGUAACCACAGUCUCUCAGGCUCAGUGUUGUAUUCUACUGAAGCCGUGGGCGUGAUGGUGUGUUUCACCUGCCUCAUGUACACACCAGGGGAAUGCCUGCACGGAUUCACUCAACUGAGACCAGUUUCUCGCUGGAGUUUUGACUACGUGAUUCCGCCUUUAGUAAACACCGGCAUGAGCUCAAGCUUCCUCCUGGCUAUGUCGACUUUCAGCUCAGAUCUGCAUGUCACAACGAGCGCGGAGCACCGAGACGUAGCACUUAUUGGUGGCCAGGUGAGGGUCAUCCCCAUGGUGACCUCAGAUAAAGUCCACAUUUCAAGCGACGCUCCCCUCCAGCUGCUUUACUUCCGACAUGACAGUGAGAAGCAUUCCUCAACUCUGACAUCACUGCUGGCUGUAGAUGAUAUCUGCGAGGUUCUACCCAUGUCUGAUUCAAGCGACAGUGCUGAGGCUGAAGAUAACCACUCUGACACUGAAGAUGUUACAUUGUCCAGCCAGGCUAAGCUGUCUGACAGUGCGGGAGGAGAGUACGGCGAGACAGAUGUGGGGCGCUACCUCAGCACCUUGACCAGGGAGUCCUAUCCAGAGGCCUGUGAGAAGGCAUCCUGUGAAGAAAUGCAUUGUGGUCACAAACACGACUGCUACUUCAGAGAUGAAAAGCCACGGUGCUCAUUGAGAAGUAAAAUGUGCUCAGCAUGGGGAGACUCUUUCUAUCGCUCCUUCAACGGCAACGAUUUUGUCCUACUGGGAAACUGUAACUACACUUUAGUUCAGACGAAUUGCCCAGGCUCGAACAGCUCUCUCUCGCUGCAGAUUAAUAUAGCCAGAGCAUAUUUGAGCAGCGCCACGCUCUCCAACAUCCACACUGUGCAGAUAAACUUCCAAGGUUUCAAUAUUUCCAUUGUUCGGGAGGAAAUUAACUACAUCAGGCUGAACGGACGGAAGAGAAGCCUGCCGCUAGCCUUAAAGGAUGGAUCUCUUAAGUUCUUUCCAAGUGGCUCCAGUGUUGUUUUGGUUACAUCCUUUGGCCUCACACUGCAUUACGACUGGCUCCACCAUCUCCAAGUUGAAGUGACCCAAGAGCUUUAUGGUGCCAUCUGCGGCCUGUGUGGUGGAGCUCGCACUGGGGCGCUGAAGUCUGGGGAUUCUCCCGUCCCAUGGGUUGUGAACAGUGGAGGCUCGUGCUUUGAGGAUUGCCAAGGUGCCGCUUGUAAAGUGUGCCCUCAUGACCAAAGACAUUUGGGGAAUUCCGUCAAGUGUUCCCUGCUGAAGCGACCCCACGGGCCUUUUGAGAACUGCCAUCAAUACGUGGACCCUGAAGCCUUCGCUCGUAGUUGCAUCGACAACCUGUGUAUAACUCGGAUGGACUUUUCUGGGUGUAAAAUCUUGGAAGCCUACACGAAUGUCUGCCAGAGGCUGGGAGCCAGAAUCAAAGACUGGAGGAGCAUCAUCAAUUGCCCUAAAACCUGUCCCCAGAACAGCCACUAUGAGCACUGUGGGACGUCCUGCCCGGCGACUUGUGCUGAUCCCGAGGCCAGCCUGAAUUGCUCCCUGCCCUGUGUGGAGUCAUGCCAGUGCAACAGUGGAUAUCUCCUCAGCGACGGCAAGUGUGUGGAGCAGACGAGCUGCGGCUGCAUUCAUGAAGGUUUUUACUUCCCGCCCAAGAAAAGCUUCUGGAUUGGAGAGCAGUGUCAAGAGAAAUGUGUCUGCCAGCCCCACUCGAGGAAGGUGAUGUGCGCUGGCGCUCAGUGUGCCCAAGGAGAAGUGUGCAAAGUACUUGACGGAGAACGAACCUGCCACAGACACGGACCAGGGUUCUGUGUGGCCAAGGGAGACCCGCAUUAUACCACGUUUGAUGGGCACAGGUUUGACGUCCACGGGAACUGCAGUUACUUGUUCACGUCCUACUGUCCCUCCUGGGGGGUUCUGGGGGACUUCAGCGUGGAGGUUCAGAAUCAGAUGAAGGACGCCAACAACGUGUCUUUUCGUCGGGUUAAGAUGGCGGCGGUUGGUUAUUCCAUUGAGCUGUCUUACAAGUGGCGUGACAAAAUCAAGGUCAACGGUCUUCUUCUGAACCUUCCACUCAUGUUGAAUCGAGGUGAAAUCAAGGUGUAUCAAAGUGGACGCUCGACCACUCUGGAGACUGAUUUUGGAGUGGUCCUGACCUACACAAGCGACGUGCUAAUCAUGCAAGUGCCUAAAAUCUUCUCCGGCAGUUUGUGUGGCCUAUGCGGGAAUUUUAACGAUAAUCCCGACGACGACCUGGCAGUGAAGGAUGGCACUAGCCAGUCUGAUGCUAUUGGAUCAUGGAAAACCAGCAGCGACUGUGUCGACAACCCGCUGCACACCCCAGGUUGCCGUGCAGAGGAUGUGGUUCUAUAUCAGGGGAAGGAUUUCUGUGGACGGCUCUCGGCCAUGGAUGGAGUCUUCCAGGCCUGCCAUGAUGUGGUUGACCCUCAGGACUUCUUUGACAGCUGUGUUUACGACCUCUGCCAUGACAAGCAGAAAGACCUGUGCCAAAUUCUGUCCACCUAUGUCCUUGUUUGUCAAGAAAAGGGGGCAUUAAUGGACGAGUGGAGAUCUCCAAGCUUUUGCGAUCUGACCUGCCCUGCCAACAGUGAAUACCAGCUGUGCUCCACUGAGAGGUUCGACUGUGUAGAAACUGGUCUUAAAUCUGUUGCCUGUAAAGAAGGUUGCUUUUGCCAGCCUGGAUUUUUCCACAACACCGUGGGGUGUGUGCCAAAUUCAAAGUGUGGCUGCUUCAGCCAAGGUUCCUACCAUUUCAUAGAUGAGGUCUUCUACCCGGACGAUCACUGUCAGCAGCACUGCGUGUGCGUGGGUCACAACAAAGUCCAAUGUUCGAACCACACGUGUCCUGCUGGGACUGGUUGCUUCACUCAGGAUGGCGACCGUGGUUGCCAUAAACUCCCGCGAUCCAAGUGCUCGAUUCUCGGGGAAGGGCACUUCACCACAUACAAUGGAGAGGCUUUUGACUUGGAGUUGGGGAGCUGUCGGUAUCUUUUGUGGCAGGUUUGCGAUGAUGACGAUGCGCCUAGUGUUGAGGUGGAACGAUCCAAGAUGUACCUUCGUUAUCGUGGAGUACACGUGUUGCUAGAUGCCGAGUAUUUGGAGAAAGUAAAGAUUGAUGGCGUCCUCGUUGGUCUUCCACUUCAGUUGGAGCACAUCUCUGUUCUGCACUUCGGCUCUCUGACCCGUGUUUUUGUUGACACGGGAAUGGUUGUCACGUUUGGAGGCGCUGGGCUAAUGCAAGUGGAGAUCCCUGCAGUCGAGGGAAAGAUGUGUGGCCUGUGUGGGCAAAGGAUGGAUUCCAACCAGUUAAAAACAGCUGAAUUGGGGUCCUCAUGGCUGCGUACACCUCAUGGAACAAACUGCUCUCCUCCCAAUCAGUCUGCAAAAUGCAACGCCCAGUCAUUGGGUCGGUUUUCCUCGGACGGCCUCUGUGGCAGGUUGCUUGCCCCCGGUGGAGCCUUCAGGAAGUGCCAUGAUAUUGUGAACCCACAGCCUUUUUUCCAGAACUGUUUGAAAGACUUGUGCGUGUCUGAUAAUGAAGAUUCCCUUUGCAGCAUCUUGAGGGAAUACACCUUCGUAUGCCAGGACGCAGGUGCGGCGGUGGAGCCGUGGAGGGGAGCCAAGUGCUCCCUCGCAUGCCCGGACAACUCCCACUACACUAUGUGUGCUGGUACAUGCCCUGCGUCCUGUGGCAGCCCCAGCAACAUUCCCUGCCAGGGCACCUGCUACGAAGGAUGUCAGUGUGACGCCGGAUACGUUCAAAGUGGGAGGCAGUGUGUUCGACCUGAGCAGUGUGGCUGCCUCCAUGAGGGACAUUAUCAUGAGGUCGGGGAUGUUUUCUGGACGGAGGGAUGCUACGAACGCUGCAACUGCUCAACCACUGCGAAACUGCGGUGUGAGCCCGCCGCAUGCCCUGAGGGGGAGAGCUGCACCCUUCAUGAUACAUGGAGCUGUGCAGGGAAAGCUUGUCCACCAAACAGCCAUUACGAGACGUGUGGCAGCGCCUGCCCUGCUACCUGCCAGGUCCCGUCAGGUGACAGACCUUGCACUCAAGCUUGCGUGCCCGGAUGCCACUGCGACCCUGGCUUUGUCCUCGACGGUGACACCUGUGUUCCAUUAUCUCAUUGUGGCUGCACUUACAAUGGAGAACGGUACCUUGGCAACCAGACCUUCUGGGCAGAUGAAUCAUGCACUGAGCAGUGUUAUUGUGACCCCAAUACCUACCAGACACACUGCAAGUUAUCAUCCUGCAGCCCGGAUGAGUACUGCGGUCUUGAGGAUGGAGUGAUAAGCUGCGUACUGCAUCAGUGGCAGCUGUGUACCUACACUGGCCAUCAUCUGACGACCUUUGACCACCACGACUAUGAUUUGCAUGGCACCUGCCAGUACCAGUUGCUGGGCUUUUGUGAGGGCGGACAUGACCUUGAUGUCCAGGUUCAUAUCCAGAGUGAUGGACACCCACUUUCAGCGGUUAAUGUUCUCAUCAAGCUGAGUGAUGUGGUGGUGAAACUAGACAGCGACAGCGUCGAGGUCAAUGGAACUAAGAAGAACUUGCCCAUCCACUUCAACAUGUCCACCGUCGCCUUCUCUUUAGGCCUGCACAUGUACUUCUACACAGAUUUGGGGUUUGGUUUAAGCCUCAGCAGGGAGGGUCUCCUCGCCAUCGGCGUCUCAAGAAAAUAUGCCAAUUCCACCUGUGGUCUGUGCGGAAACUUCAACGGCGACCCGAGCGACGAUCUCACAGCGAAGGGCACGAAGAACCGCCUCAGCCCUGAGGGCUUCGUGAAGGUCUGGAAAAGCGAGCAGAACCACUGGUGUGUGGACGGAUGUCUCGGUGGGAGUUGUCCAACUUGUACACCAGAGCGUUCGCUCCAGUACUCUGACCUGCAAGCGUGCGGGAAGAUUUUGGAAGUUGGUGGACCGUUCAGACACUGUCAUGGCAAAGUGGACCCGUCCAGCUUUUAUCAGCACUGCAUCAGUGACCUGUGUCUUCACGGCUACCACCUGCCGCUGCUCUGCCGGGCCCUGUCGGCGUACACGGCCGCCUGUCUGGUGCGCAAGGCCGAGGUGCUCCCGUGGAGCCGUCCAGACUUCUGCGGAGACUCCUGUCCUGCCAACACCAGGUACAGCACGCACUUCUCCUCCGUUCACCUCUGCCUGGGCUGGGGGAACCGCACCGUGGAGUUGCCCCUAUACACCGCCGAGAACUGCAUCUGUGAGGCCGGCUUGGUUCAUAGUGGCAGCCACUGUGUGUUACCAAAGGACUGUGGCUGCUUUCUCUACGGAGAGUACAUGAGAGCAGGUCAGACUGUGGUGACGUGUGAGCAGAGCUGCACAUGUCGUGCUGGCGGACAUGUUACCUGUUUCAGUGUCUCGUGUGGGGAGGAGGAGGAGUGCAGCUUCGUUGGAGGUGUGAGAGGAUGCCAUCCUAAACCCAAAGUGGCAGACUGCUCCCUGGAUGGUACCCACUACACCACUUUUGAUGGGCAAAUAUUUGAUUUCCACGGUUCCUGUAACUACUCUCUGGUGGAGACGUGCCGCCCCGAAAGCUCAGGAGGGCACCUCUUUAUUUACACUUCUGGAAACUACAGUGUGGGAAGACAAAUAUCCGUGCAAGUGAAGAACAUGUCUCUGAAGAUUUCAUCAGAUUUCCCAGGAUUCGUUCAGGUGAAUGGAGUUUAUGAAAACAUUCCGUUGUCGCAGGCUGGUUUAACUGUUUACCAGGAAAAUGAAUGGAGAAUUAUCAGGGCCCCGAUGGUGGAGAUAACCUCAGACCUGCACAACCACAUUCGGGUCAGACUGUCCAGCAGUUACCACCACACCACCUGUGGCCUGUGUGGGAACUACAACCGCGACCCGACCGACGACAUGAAGCUACGCAGCGGCUCUGUGGUUACCGAUGCUGAAGUGUUCGGUGCCUCGUGGAAGACAGGAAAUGACUCCAACUGCUCUGACUCGUGUGAUGACUCGUGCCAUCUGUGUAUGGCCGCCCUGCCAGAGUACACAUCCAAGCUCUAUUGUGGCAUCAUAACCCUCCCAGGGGGGCCGUUUGCCCCGUGUCAUGGGCCCGUUCCCCCACAGAAAUACUACUCCUUCUGCAUGGAAAGCCUGUGUGUUACCAAAGGUGCGAAGUGGGCUCUCUGUGACGCCCUACAAACCUAUGCUGCUGCGUGCAAAGAAGCUGGCGUGGCAAUGGGCAGCUGGAGGGCUGACACCGGCUGUGGCCGUCAAUGCCCACAGUUCAGCCACUUCAGUCGCUGCGCCAAUGUUUGCGCCUCGCUGUGUCCCGAGACGAGGCUGCCGCUCCAGUGUCCCACCGACUGUGAGGAAGGCUGUGCCUGCGACGCUCGGCGGCUUUAUGACGGCCAUGCUUGUGUCGCACGUGACCAGUGCGGCUGCAUGCGCAAUGGACAGAGCUAUAAGGUCUCUGAGAGCAGACUUCUGCACAAUUGCACCCUCAACUGUACUUGUGGACCCCCGCUCAUCUGUGAGCUGCACAAGUGCCCCUCCACUCACAGCUGUCAAAUCGUGGACGGAAGAGCAGGCUGCUGGAUGAAAGCACUGCAACAUCAAGAUCCAUGUGCAAAGUGUGGCCCAUCUGAGAAGUGCUACCUCAGCAAAGGGAAGGCCGUCUGCAGGAGCCGCCCCGGUCAGUGCUGGGCCUGGGGAAGUCGCCAUCACUACACCUUUGAUGGACUGGAGUACACGUUUGAGAGUAGCUGCACUUACUUGCUCGCCGGCAGUAAAGGGGAGGAUUGUUGUCUCCCUCCUUUCAUUGUGUCCAAGAAGAACAACAGGAAGACCCCGCACUAUCUGGAACUUGUGACUGUUCAAGUCUAUGGUUUCGUCAUCAAGCUCAACAAUGAUUUCACUGUCCAUGUUAAUGGUCAAGCACGAACUCUCCCCUUCACUCUGUCCAAGGGCAAGAUUGAGGUUUCCUACAAGCAUGGCAGGGCUCUGCUGAAGACAGACUUUGGCCUGCAGGUGCUCUUCGACUGGAGAACCACCGUUUCUGUGACCGUAGAUUCCAAAUAUCAGGGCGUCGUUUACGGUCUGUGUGGAAAUUUCAACGGAAAUCCUCAGGAUGAGUUUGUAUCAAAGUCUGCCGCCAAGAUGAGUUCAUCUUUGACUCAUUUGUAUCGGGUCUUUGAUGGAGACGAUGGCUGUGCAGAAGAUGGUAAUACCAUGGUUCCACGGGCCGACGCUGUUUCCAAGGUUUCAUUGAGCUACACGAAGGCUUGCAACGCACUCAAGGAUCCACAUGGACCGUACGCUCAGUGCCACGGUCGCAUGAACCCGGAUUCCUUCUUCCAAAGUUGCUUGACGGACAUGAUGCUAAGUGGGGAGGUGAAGGAGUCAGUUGAGAGAGCGAUGAACUCGUAUUCUAUGCUGUGUGAGGCGGUGGCGGAUGAACCUACUGAGCGAUCCAUCGAGGUUUCCUGCCCUGAGAACAGCCACUUCAAGACCUGUGGUUCUGCGUGUCCCCCGACCUGUGAGCGUAACGUGACCGUCUGCCGGAAAAUCUGCGCAGAAGGCUGCUUUUGUGAUCCUGGGUUCAUCCGAAGUCCAGAGGGCUGCGUCCAGCCUCAGCAGUGUGGCUGCACAGACUCCAGGGGGAACUACCACCACCUCAAUACAACCUUCUGGAUUCCUGAAAGUUGUGGUCAACUGUGUGUCUGCAGUCAAGCAGGGACCGCCCGCUGCAGCCCAUCCCACUGCCCCAAAGGAAUGGUCUGCAAGAGGGGCCAACACGUGGACCUCUGUCUCCCUGAAAAAUCCCUCAACUGUACCAUCGUGUCUGGACUCCACUUCACGACGUUUGACGGUGAUCAUUUUGACUUCAGCGACAGCUGUGCAUACUCGCUAGUUCAGACUCAUCCAGACCUGAAAGGACUGGAGCCUUUUAACGUAACGGUCUCGGAUGCAAGCUGCCAUAGAAGACUCUUUCACAGUCGAUCGAUUAAGCUCUCCAUCCACGGGCUGGAGUUUGAAGUGAGAAAAGAUGAUCCAGGGAAGCUCUUGGUUGGUGGUGAGCACAUGCCCCUCCCACUGGCUCACCACACGGGACACGUCAAUGCCUUCCACACGCCAUCCUCCCUCGUCAUUCACACAGAUGUAGGAUUGCAGCUGAUGGUUUAUGAAACUGGCAGCGUGACGGUCGUGAUCCCCAGCAGCUACGACUCUUCCGUCGUCGGCCUUUGCGGUAACGCCAACGGAAAUCCACAUGACGACCGACUCAUGCCCAACAAGGAGCCGGCCCUCAACAUGCUCGAGUUUGUGCACAGCUGGAGGCUGGGCGGCGCCGAGUCCUGCAGGUCCGUCUGCAGCUCCAAGGCGAAGCGAUGCUCCCCUGAAGCUCAGGAGCAGUUCGAAGGCAGCGACUUCUGUGGGAUCCUGGUGAAUGAGCUCGGGCCGUUUGCUGACUGCGCUUCGGUUCUGGACCCUGACACGUACUUUCACAACUGCGUGGUGGAUUCCUGCUCUCAUGGCGGACACUACACUGCCGUCUGCAACAGCAUCGCAGCCUACGCUGCCGCCUGUCAGUCUGCUCACCUGCCUGUCAGACACUGGAGAAGCGACACUUUCUGUGGAAUGUCGUGCCCUCAGAACAGCCACUAUGAGCUCUGUGGCCCUCGCUGUCCGGUGACCUGCGCUGGACUCUCCUCACCGGCGACCUGCAGCGGAGGCUGUGAGGAGGGCUGCCAGUGUGACCCCGGCUACGUCCUGAGUGACGGCCAGUGUGUUCUGGUGUCUGACUGUGGCUGCAUGCAUGAGGAGCGCUACUACACGGCUGGGCUCUACUACUCUGGCAGAAGCUGUCAGAAAUGCAACUGUAAAAGGGAACGGAGGUGCAGCCCCUCACCGUGCAGCCCCUCCGUCGGUUUUCCUGUGAAAGGUAGCCUUGUGCCAUACAGGCCUCUGGACUAUGGCGUGUGUGAGGUCUUCCACAGUUAUGGCUACGUCACGUUCGACGGCUUGUUGGUGCCUCUCCACAGUGCCUGCACCUACCUGUUAUCCAGCCUCACUUCCACAGUCAUGCACGACUACACUCUUCUCAUCAGCUUCGACAGCAGCUCCGGUUGUUCCAUCAGCAGGCUGGAGUUCCGCUUCCUGUCCAUGGAGGUGGUCAUUGAUCCUGCCAGUCUGUGGAAAAUACAGGUCAAUGGAGAAGAUCACUUCGUGCCGUUCGACAAUGGCUUUGUGAAGGCUUCUCAAGAGGGCAGCAAGCUAAGCGUGGCGUCGCCGUCCGGCGUGAGGCUGGUCCUCUCCUCUUCAUGCAUCCUCAGACUGAUCGUCCCUCAGGAGCACAACGCCACAGCCUCAGGCCUCUGUGGCAACUUCAACGGGGACAAAUCCGAUGACUUGGAAAUGCCAGAUGCUGGUCUUGCACGAGGCUUUGGAGAAUUUCUGCAGAGCUGGGCGGCUGUCGUGCCUGGACAACGCUGUGCUGAUACCUGCGGCGAGCUUUGUGGCGAGUGCAACGUCAGCCCGGUCACGGCGAUGGCGUGUGACGUCUUGACCAUUUCGACUGCUGAGUUUAACCCCUGCUGGGCCAGGGGAGUGGAGCCCCAGCUAUACAAGGACCUCUGUCUCCGAGCCAUUUGCAGUGGGGCAGGGCACGUGGAGGCUGUUUGUCUGGCACUGGAAGCCUUCGCCGCCGCCUGCGAGGCUAAAGGUGUUGCACUGGUGUCAUGGCGGAAAGGCACUUCCUGCGCUCUUGAGUGUCCUGACCGCAGCAGCCCGAGUGAGUGCGUCGAAGUUGGCUCCGACUCGUGUCCCGCACUGUUGCAGUCCGGCUCCUCAGUGGCGGCUUGUUCUGCCGGCUGCAAGUGUGACCAUGGAAACGUGUUUGAUGGUAGCGAGUGUGUUCCCUACAGUCAGUGUGGCUGCGUCCUCCACCAUCGCUACAUCAAGAUGGAUGAGCAGCUGUACACGGAGAAUUGUGCUGAGAGGUGCUGGUGUCACCCUCUGGGUGGGGUCAUCUGUGAGACGGCGGGCUGCUCCCCGGGGCAGUAUUGUGCUCUGAGGAACAGUUCCUGGGGUUGUCAUGAAGAACCCAGUGUCUGUCGGCUCACGAGCAGCCUUGAUGUUUCCACCUUCGCUGGGCAGCGGCUGAACCUCCAGUCCCAGCUGUCUUACAACCUGAUGUCUGUGUGCAAUGAAGCCAGCGACAAGUGGUUCAGCAUCAUCUCCUUCCACGGCCCGUGUGAGCUGACCUCUGCCCGAGAGUCGAGCGUGUUUCAAAUUCAUCUGCUGGGGUCAUCUGUCGUGGUCAGCGGCGGCACAGUGAAGGUGAACGGGCUCCACGUGCCUCUGCCUCACACUUUAUCAUCCGGAGUCACGCUGUCGGCGGGUGCCACCCCCGACAAGUCUGAGGUUCUGGUGCUCCUGAGGCGAGACUUGGGCACAGAGUCAGAGCUGCAGAUGGAUAUCGGCGUCACAAUGGUGACCCUCAGGGUCUCACCCUGGUUCUCUGGUAAACUGUGUGGACUCUGCGGAAACCUCGACGACCGAGCGCAGCAGUCUGCAGCGUCCUGGCUUCUCCCCAAUGUUGACGGCUGUGACUCCAAGCUUGGCUGA